UUCUCUGCCCACCAUCUGUCGGCGCUGAGCACAGAACAGACUGCUCCGGGGUCCCCGACACUUAAACCGCCAAAAUGAUCAUCUACAAGGACAUUCUCACCAACGAUGAAAUGUUCUCCGACAUUUAUAAAAUCAAAGAAAGCUGUGGUGGGUUGUGUUUCGAAGUUGAUGGCAAGAUGGUUACCAGAACAGAAGGCGCAAUUGACGAUGCCCUUAUUGGUGGAAAUGCAUCUUCCGAGACCCCAGAUGAAGGGACGGACUCAACAACAGUCACUGGCGUUGACAUAGUGUUGAACCACAAGCUUGUGGAAACUGGCUUCACCAAGGAAUCUUACAAACUAUAUAUUAAGGGCUACAUGAAAGCCAUCAAAGACAAACUUGAAGAAUCUAAUCCAGAGAGAGUAAAACCCUUCAUGUCAGGAGCUGCAGAGAAAAUAAAGGCCAUCCUUGGCAACUUCACUAACUAUCAGUUUUAUAUGAGUGAGAGCAUGAACCCAGAUGGUAUGGUGGCUUUGCUAGACUUCCGUGAGGAUGGAAUUACUCCCUACUUAACAUUCUUUAAGGAUGGCUUGGAAAUUGAAAAAUGUUAACCAACCUUGGAAUCGCCAUUUAUAGCAGAUUUCUUCCGCUUUUCAUCCAUAAAACAGCAGGAUUGGGCAAAGUUUCAAAGACACUGCAUCUGGACUGACUCCAUUGGGCUUCAUUCGUUUGUUUGUUUUUUGGCUCCUAAAUAAUUGCAAUGGGGACAUUUUUUUUAAAUUUAUGUACCCACUUGUCAUUGUGAAAUAAAAUUCAUUGUAACCCACUGAAA